CUGGCUACGAUGUGGAGAGGACCCGCAUCAAGAACAGCUCAAUGGGCUCCUGCACUCCUUGCAAGAAACGGGAAAGCAAAGCCAGCAUGAACAAGACCUCCAAGUUACUGUCCACCAGUGCCAAAAGGAUUCAGAAGGAAUUGGCAGACAUCACACUGGACCCUCCGCCAAAUUGCAGCGCCGGGCCCAAGGGAGACAACAUCUAUGAGUGGCACUCCACCAUCCUGGGACCCCCGGGCUCCGUGUACGAGGGAGGAGUCUUCUUCCUGGACAUCGCUUUCACGCCAGACUACCCCUUCAAACCCCCAAAGGUGACGUUUCGCACAAGCCCUACAAAAGCGUUUCUCUGGCUACGAUGUAGAGAGGACCCGCAUCAAGGUCGCCAUCAGAAGCUUGAGGAGGAGGAGGAGGAGCAGGGGAGGAGGAGCCAGCAGGAGCGAGGGCAGGGGAGGAGGAGCCAGCAGGAGCAGGGGAGGAGGAGGAGGAGCCAGCAGGAGCAGGGGAGAAGACAAAGACAGGAGGCAGAGAUGUCAGCCAAUUCCACGCUGACCAUCUACGGCAUCAGCCAGGAGGACGACGCCAUCUACCAGUGCAUCGCCGAGAACAGCGCCGGCUCCACGCAGGCCAGCGCACGCCUCACCGUGCUGUGGGCUGACGGGCUCCCCGGGGCCCCCACAAUGGUGCGGGCCCAGGCGAUGAGGCCACUUCAAUGUGGCUACACAGGCACCGUGGAGGCCACCACUCUGGUGCUGUUGGUCCUGCUGGACUGUCUCCUUGUGUCGUCCAGCAGACCGGUCCGUAGCUCUUCAGGUGGGCCUCCCAUGGUCUGUAACUUCAUAAAGUCUGAUGUAGAGGAGUCGUGA